UGCUGAGCAACUGAUAUAAAAGUCGUCAGUUCACAGUGGUUCUGUGCAUACAGAAUGGCAGAGUCAGAUCUGAUCGGGACCUGGACAAGAAUCUUCCAAAAUGAAGCAAGAGGUAUCCGAAGAGGACACAGCUGGCACCUGGAAUUUGAUUACUCUAUUGACACUGAAUGCUUGUAUGACUGGAAGGACUACAUCAGGAACACAAGUGCCAGGUUUCGAUGCACUGAGUGUGGAAGAAGCUGGCCUUCCAACCAAGUGAAGGUUAUUUUCCAUAUGCGCUUGUCUGGGACCACAGGCACUGUCAAGAUUCGACCCUACCGUCAGAACUGCAAGAUCUGCUCAGAUGCCCCAAUGGUGAACCCAAACAUCGAGGAAAACAACAUCAAGAUCCUGAUGGAAAACCUCGUGAAGAAAAUCAGAAUCAAAUGUUACCAUGAAAAGAUAGGCCAGAAACGUCGUUAUUUUGAGAGGUAUGAUGUUGAAAGUCCCCAUGAGCCCAGCCAUUGUGAGGGUUGUAUCAGGGGUAUCUGUAACAAGUAAGCAGUUUUCUCCCCACGUCUGUGAUGCUUUCGGAUCUCCAAAUGAUUAGCUGUUCAUACAAUGUUUGGUCAUUUCGGUGUCAGGCUGGUUAAUGAUUUGGUGGUGCUUUGAAUGAAACACAAGCAUUUAUAUUAUUUAUCAUUUAUGAAGCAUUUAUCAAGAAUGUGAAGACUGCAUUUGAAUUCAGCCUUUCAAUUUGAUUUUGAUAUUAAGAGUUUUGUUUUAAUGAAUCUUGACUGGGAACUGUAUAUAAAAGGAGUGAAAAUGAGCAGAGCAAGUUUACUUUCCUCACUGUUGUUCAAUGAAUAAAGUUUGAUUUUUCCAUUUGGAAAUGAUUUCAA